AUGUUAGUUCACAUGCAGAGCUCCUCCAGCAGCUGCGAUGGGUUUUCCGAGACCCUGCCGAUGAAAGAUACGGUGGAGCGGCGUAGGCGGAAACUUCAGGACGCCCUGGGAAGCCUGGGAGAGGACUCCGACGCACCCCCGGCGCUGCGACGCCUUGCCCUUGCGGAGGCCGAAGAUGUUAUUCCUCACUGGGGCGAACUCCGUGAGUUGGGGAAUCGGCAGGAAGAGGAACACAGCGCACAGUAUGAAGAAACUUCUGGCGUUGGGGUGACAACAACUGCACCGCCAUCGCCGCGCGACGAGAAUGCGAGGAGUUGCUCUAGCAGGCCAGAUGGAGCAGCGCAAGUCUGCCGUAUUACUAGCCGCGAGAAUGUGGAGCCGAACGUAGUUCGCCACAAUGACGCUGCACAUGGCAUGAAUGGGCACUCUUUCAACAGACGAAGUGUGGAGAGUCGUGGCCCUCCAUCUAAGACGGCAUUGUUGUCGCCAGUUCUUCGGGCGUUCUCCUCCUUCGCUUCCUCGCUGUGUUCGCUGGGUCAUGGUGUUGCCGCGACGAGGACGAGAGGAGCUGCAUUUCCGGGUGGCGGUAACACCAGCUAUCCGGAAGGAAGAAGUUCCUUUAGUUCCUCACAGGCCGAUAAGUUCUUGCCGGAUGCGCCGUGCUUAGAGAGAAGGGAUGCAAUGUCACUAGAGCGUCAAUGUAGUACGGCUGGUAGUGGCGCUUGUGUUGUCCGUGCCUCCUUACACGUCUCCGACGCUGCUGAGGUUCAUCAAGGCUCCUCUGCCACUUCCUUCAGCAGUCCGUUUGGGCUGUUGGAGCCUGAUUUAUUUGCGGCCUCAUACCCGCGCGGGAGAAACCCCGAACGCCCUCGACGGAGCACCGUGAAAGCCACUUCUACUGUGAAGAAGGCCCAUUGCAAGGAGCCGGUUCACAGUCGCGUGAAGGAGAGGGUCUUCCCACCAUACUCCCAAAAUGAGGCGGCAGUGUCAUUGGGUGGUGUGCAGGCCCACCAACGUGUGAGGACGCGUGAAGGUGAGGGCUUUUUCUCCCCCUUGACGUCGCGACAAGAGUCUACAGACUCUUUGAUGCAUUUUUCGUCCACCGCUCAAGCCCCACGCCAUAAUUUUUUCUGGAGCCCGCGAGUCCACAAGCAAACGCAGCUCCAGUGUCAGCAUUCUCGGGUCUAUUCGUUCAGUUACGCCAGCUCGGAGAAAACUCCGUGUAGUCCGACAGCUAGCGGCAGCGUUCGCCCGUGGACUUCUGAGUCCCUGGAAUGGAUACAUCAGAGGUUGCUUCUUCAACAGGGAAAUGCGGGUACAAUGCCCGUAUUUCUUUCUGGAAGUGCUGCGGGGGAGGCUGGGGAAGGUGGGGCAGUUCGGCUACCAGCGAGGCACAACGGCAGGUUGGAGGAAAACAGUAUCAGCAGCUUGAUUCUAACGUGUGCAACUAGCAACGUUGAUACAAUGCGGACCUGCCCAGAUGCUCCGCUAGACGCCUUUAUGGGGUCCUCCACGUACACUGCGAACGGUGUAAUGACCCCAAUGACAUGA